AUCACCUGUUUACCUGUGAUUUUGAUUGAGUGCACAAUGGCUCAAGCUGCGUCUAAAACAUGCGAGGUUUGCGUGAGUGCCCCUGGAUCACAAUAUUGCAUAGACUGUGAGGAAUACUAUUGUGAAAAUUGCAAGUUGCUACAUAAUAGGCAGAAGUUAUCGAGAAGCCACCAGUUUCAAAAAGCGUCCGACCUGAUCCCGGAAGGUAAAUCUAAAUGUAGUGAACAUAAAGAAGAAUUAACGUUAUUGUGUAAUACAUGCAAUGUACCGGCAUGUACCAGUUGUGUGACAGGAAAUCACAAAGGUCAUACAUUUUCCAAAUUUGUCGAUGCAGUUGCGAAAUUACAAGUGGAAAAUGAAACGAAAAUUCGUGCCAAAACAAACGAGGCAAAUCAAAAUAUAAAAAAGAUUGAAGAAAGCUUGAAGUCGUUUGAUAAUUCUGUUGAAUCCGUUAUUAAAGCCAUAACUGACGAAGGCAGUAUGAUUAAACGUAUGGUUGAUAAAGCCGUAGCACAGAUGAUUACCUUAGUAAAAGAACAAUCCAAGAAGGAGAAAGACAAGCUGAUGAAUAUGUUGUCUAGUGCUAAAUCCGUGCUUGUUGCCGGACAGGCCUUAGACAGAAAAAGAAAUGAACUAGAUAAGACCCGACAAGAUGAAAGUUUGGUACAAAAGAUCAAUAAUCUGAAAGAAGAAAUUAGCAAACUCACUAUAAAGUCUCUUCCAGAGUUUCCCAAUAUAUCCUUCAAAAGGAAGUCUGUAGCUGAAGAUGACAUCAGACAACUGAUAGGAACAUACAAUAUAAGCAAUGGUGCACCAGUCUUAGAAAAAGAGGAGCAACGCCAUGGAAACGUAUACAAAUGUUCCGGUUGUGAGUAA